CACUACUACUCGUAUAGCUAGCCACCACCAAGAUUUGGCCACCACUCGCGUACGUCUUCCUGAAGCUUGAUUGAGCGAGUUCGAUCUUGCUCAUGGACAUGGACAAGGAGUACUACAAGGCCUGCAUGGGCAUGGAGGCGCUGCCGAUGAGCCCGGCCGGUUUUUCGGCGGUGACGACAGAGGCGGCCAUGGCAGUGGCGACGGCAAGCGAGGACGAGGGAGACCUGAAGAGGGGCCCGUGGACGGCGGGGGAGGACAUGCUCCUCGUCGACUACAUCUCCAAGCACGGCGAGGGGCGCUGGAACUCGCUCGCUCGAUGCGCAGGCCUGAGGCGCACUGGGAAGAGCUGCCGGCUCCGGUGGCUGAACUACCUCCGCCCCGACGUCCGGCGCGGCAACAUCACGCCGGAGGAGCAGCUGCUGAUCCUGGACCUGCACUCCCGGUGGGGCAACCGGUGGUCCAAGAUCGCGCAGCGCCUCCCGGGGAGGACGGACAACGAGGUCAAGAACUACUGGCGGACCAGGGUGCAGAAGCACGCCAAGCAGCUCCACUGCGACGUCAACAGCGACCGCUUCCGCGACGUCGUCAGGCAAGUCUGGAUGCCGCGCCUCCUCGAGCGCAUCCAGGCCGAAAGCUCCUCCUCCUCCGCCGCCGCCGCUGCAGGCGUGGGUGUUCCGGCGCUGACAAGGGCGAUGAGCUCGCCGGCCGGUGCAUCACAGUACCACUGCUUCGAUCACGCGAGCAGCGGGGGGCCGAGCCGGAAGGUGGCGGUGACCAUGAGCCCUGACACCUCGAGCACGCUCCGGUCUUCUCUGUCACCGGCGGAGACGUCGCACGGAGCCCAUUUCCCAGCGUGGGGCGCUGCCACUGCCACGGCGAACGUUGAUGGCUCGAUGAUGCAGUGCGCCGGCCGCGAGGGUGGGGCCAUAGGCGGCGAUCAGUACGUCAUCCACGGCGACAGCCUCAGCGGGAGCUGGUCGGAGCUCCUCGCCGCCACCGAUAUCCCGGACUUUGAGUUCGGAAAUUUCGACGACAACUUGUGGAGCCUAGAGGACAUUUACUGCUGACGAUGAACUUAACUAGAGCGCCAAACUGAGCUCAACAAAAUUGAAAUUUGACAAGAGAGGGUGCAUGAAAGGAAAUUUGAGAGGAAACUAAUUCGCGUUCAUAGAGUGAUCACUAGUUUAUUAGGGCUACAUAGUAUGCAAAAAUGUGCAUAUUA